CUGAUCACAAACUGAUCAAACAUGCAUCUCCACCCUUAUGUGACGUCACACGCCUCCACCAGUCAGCGGCAGUGUUUACCCUGCCUCCGUUAAAACGGGGCUCCGCGGCUCCGCCCUGCAUCAGUCCUUCCCGGUCCCGGUCCCGGAGUCCAGACCUGCGCCACUCAGAACUUUGUCCAACUCCGGUAACCCCCUCUCGGAGCUCCUUUCCCAUCAUGCACCUCCUCCUAAUGCUGUGCGGAACGCUCGUGCUGGCCUCGGAGGCGCAGCGGUCCCGGCGGCUGGCCAUCGGCUGUCCGGAGAGGUGCGACAAGUCCCGGUGCGCACCGAUCCCGGCGGACUGCCUGGCCGGGGACGCGCUGGACUCGUGCGACUGCUGCCCCGUGUGCGCGUCCGGCGAGGGCGAGCGGUGCGGCGGCCCCGGGGACGGCGCCUGCGCGGAGGGCAUGGAGUGCGUGGUGACGGACGGCGUGGAGGGCUCCGCCACCGUCCGGCGCAGAGCCAAGCCCGGCGUGUGCGUGUGCACCGGAUCCGAACCCGUGUGCGGCAGCGACGGGGUCUCCUACCGGAACAUCUGCGAACUGAAGCGGGUCAGCAGCCGGGCCGCCAAGCUGCAGCAGCCGCCGGUCAUCUUCAUCCAGAGGGGCACCUGCGGACAAGGGCAGCAGAACCCGGACAGUCUUCGGUACAAGUACAACUUCAUCGCUGACGUGGUGGAGAAAAUCGCUCCUGCUGUCGUUCACAUUGAACUGUACAGAAAGAUGAUCUUUUCCAAGCGGGAGGUGGCGGUGGCCAGCGGCUCCGGCUUCGUGGUGUCAGAGGACGGACUCAUCGUCACCAACGCCCACGUGGUCGCCAACAAACACCGAGUCAAAGUGGAGCUGAAGAGCGGAGCCACGUUCGACGCCAAGAUUAAAGACGUGGACGAGAAAGCCGACAUCGCUCUGAUCAAGAUCGACACGCCGAUGAAGUUGCCGGUUCUACUCCUGGGUCGCUCCGCUGACCUCCGCCCCGGUGAGUUCGUGGUUGCCAUCGGCAGUCCGUUCAGUCUGCAGAACACCGUCACCACCGGCAUCGUCAGCACCACCCAGAGAGGAGGCAAAGAACUGGGCCUGCGCAACUCCGACAUGGACUACAUCCAAACAGACGCCAUUAUCAACUAUGGGAACUCAGGAGGUCCACUCGUCAACCUGGACGGUGAAGUGAUCGGCAUCAACACUCUGAAGGUCACGGCGGGAAUCUCCUUCGCCAUCCCGUCAGACAAGAUCCGACAGUUUCUGGCCGAGUCUCACGACCGACAGGCCAAAGGUAAAACGACACCAAAGAAGAAAUACAUCGGCGUCAGGAUGAUGAGUCUGACACCGACUUUGGCGAAGGAGCUGAAGGAGCGCCAGUCGGAUUUCCCAGACGUCACCUCUGGAGCGUACGUCAUCGAGGUCAUGAGUCGAACUCCGGCCGAGGCCGCUGGUCUUCAGGAGAGUGAUGUCAUCAUCAGCAUCAACGGCGAGCAAAUCACAUCAGCCAGCGACGUCAGCGCCGCCAUAAAGCGUGACGAAACUCUGCGAACGGUGGUGAGGAGAGGCAACGAGGACGUCAUCCUGACCAUCGUCCCCGAGGAGAUCGACCCUUGACCUCCACCUCCACCUAGUCCCGCCCCCAGCCGGCUCCUUUGCACCAAUCACGAACACUUUGACGAACCCAAAUGCCAAUGGGACGUCUGCGUGUCAGGAGUCUGGGUUCAAGAACUUGUAAUUAUUAGCGCUACUACUGCUAGUCUUUGCAUUAUACCGCCGUCACUGCGACUGGGUCGUCUGUCGCGUCCUAACCCUCCUUUCCUGUCUGUCAUCACAUGGUUUUUAUUUACUAACCAAACCCUUUCCUGUCUUUGUUUCUGGAGUAUUUUGAUCGUAUUUUUUGUCUCUGUGUGUAUUUUUAAAAGGGAAGACCGUUAUUUUUAAAAGCGUUGUCGGAUCCUGGAACAUGAUCAGAUAAAUUUGCGGCUCCUUCAUUUAAUUUUCCUCAAUAUUUGGAAAAUUAAACGAUGAAAUAAACAAGGAUACGUCAGAAUAUUUACCAUCAGGUCAAAGGUUUCAGUUUAAACGUCUCUGGUUUGCAGGUUCAUAUGUUUUGGUGCGAGUUUUGCUUCAACAUCAGAACAUUGUCGUCUUAUUUACGUCUGAAGAACUUUUAAUAAAAGUUUGACAGAAACAUUG